GCUCCGUGCCCCGUGCCCCGUGCCCCGUGCCCCGUGCCCUGUCCCGCUGGGACGGGGCCGGCAGGGAGCGGGACGGCACGGUGGGCCAUGGAGCACGGGGAGGGUGACUCGCCGCCGGCGGCCGAGAAGAAAGGGACGGUGGAGGAGGAUGACUUCGGCUAUCGGCUCUUCCCAGACCGGAACAAGAAGCCGCAGAGCUUCCUGGUCCGCAGCCUCUUCACCUUCCACAACAGGUGCCAGGUGAUGCUGAGGAUGACCCUGGAAACGAAUCCAUAUGCUCAACUACUCCUUGAGGCUAUGAAGCAGUCUGGUUGCACUGUCUUCAACGACCGGCACUUUUCUUGUGAAAACUGCGAUGGCUGUGUCAGUGGAGGUUUUGAUGCUGCCACAUCUCAGAUUGUUCUGUGUCAGAACAACAUUCGUCAACAAUCCCAUAUGAACCGUGUGGUCACACAUGAAUUGAUUCAUGCAUUUGAUCACUGCCGUGCACAUGUUGACUGGUUUAAAAACGUCAAGCACUUGGCAUGUUCAGAGAUUCGAGCUGCUAAUCUCAGUGGUGACUGUACAUUGAUCAAUGAAAUAGCCAGAUUUAAAUUUGGAUUGAAAAGGCAUCACCAGACUUGUGUACGAGACAGAGCAGUUCGUUCCAUUCUGGCUGUUAGAAAAGUUAGCAAAGAAACAGCGGAAAAAGCUGUGGAUGAAGUUUUUGAUGCCUGCUUCAAUGAUCUAGAACCUUUUGGAAGAAUCCCACACAGCAAAGCAGAUGCAAGACGUGCUUAUAGAGACUUUCAGAACAGAGAUCGCUAUAAUGCUAAUUUGUAGGAGCGGGGAAAGAAAACACAUGAGAAGGUGUUAAUAUCGGACUGUUCUGUAACAUCUGGAGUUACAGUCUAUGCACACAGUGCUGGUGGAAAGGACAGUUCUGUCAAAUGUAUCAAAUAAUUUUGUAAACUUUUUUCAGGAGCCAACUUUCGUGGAAGUAAACAGGGUAAAUGAACAAGACUAAAAAUUAUGUUUCCUCACCUGUUAUUCCAGGAAGAUAAUUUAGUAUGCCAAAUGACUUGUCAAAUAAUGAUCUGCUCAUUUCAAUGCACAUUUAAUUCUUCUUAGUCUGACUGACUAGGACUUGGUUUCUUAAAGUUUUGUUGUUACUAAAUAAAUCUUUUUAUUUCCACCAUCGUU